UCACUCAGUCUGGGCAUUGUUACCUGCCCCAGCUGGUGUCACGGGGCUGGAGCAAGGCCCAGGGUCAGGUGUCUCUUGUUCCCCAAGGCUCAGUUCCAUAGAAUGGUCCCUUGUGUGACCUUGGCCCUCGAGCCCCCUCUGACAUCCGUGUGCCAUGCGCAGGCCGGGCAGCCGCCUGCCCAUUCAUGGCCAGUUCACCUGCCCCCUGCAGACCGGGCGACCCUUUGGAGCACAAGGCUGCAGACCCCCCCGCCCCACACCACUGCUCCGUGUGCAGCUGAGCCUUAGUGAGGGAGCAGGGCAGGCCUUGAUCUCAGCUGGAGCCUCGAGGGGCCGUCGCGCUAGCAGCGUUUCAGUGGGGCCCACACGGUGACCAAUCACGAUGCCCUGCAUGCAGCCCAUGCUGGGCCUUGGCCAGUGGAGCUAAGGGCCCCGUGGCAGAGAUGAGGCGCGAGAGGCCAGCCCCGUUCUCUAGCUUGAUUUGCUGUUGGUGUGUUAGCUCCUCCAGUGCCCUGACCUUGGCAACGAGCUGGAAGACGCCAUCGUGGAGGAGAUGAGCAGGCAGCUGAGAGACCCCCAGACCGUGGUGCGCUGGUUGGCGCUCAAAGGCCUCCUCAAUCUGGCCCUUCUCCCAGAGAAGGUGGGGAAACUCCAGCGUCUGCUGCCAGAUGUCCUGGAGCGACUCCAGGAGGUAGACAGAGACCUCAUCCGCAAGGCCAUCGCCGUGCUGAAACACCUCCUCGCCGGCAUGGACAGGCAGAGCGCCAGCCGCGCGGCUGUGCAAGUGGCUGAGCAACUCCUGCCGUUGUUUGAUGAUGUGUCCAGCAAGCUCCGGGUGCUCUCCAUCACCCUUUUUAAAGACCUGCUGGAGCUUGUAAGGGGGCCCAACCGGAGGCAGAUGAAGGAGCAUGUGCUCCAGAGCCUGGUCCCACUGCUCCUCCUUGUGCAUGGUGAGUGUCCCAACGUGUCCCAGACCUCAAAGGCUUGCAGCAGGACAGCAAGUCCACAGUCUGAUGCCUGGCUUCUCAGACCAUCUUCAUCCUGGAGGCCUUCAAGAUCCAGCCUCCAGCCUGCUGCGGCCUAUGGACAUUUGUCCAUAGGAUGACCACAAUGUGCACUGCGGAGAGCCCGGUCAUUGAAGCUGCCCAGCUGCCCUAGCUCUGGUAAAAGCCAGCCUCCCUUCUCUGGGGGCUUUUGGCAUCAGA